ACAGCCUUCGCCUGAGCCACUCUCCAGUCUCCUCUACUUCAGCACCUCUCACAAACUCAACUCACUCUCAUCUCAGAGUUAUCCCACCAAAAAUCCAUUCAAGAUGAAGUUCUUCGUUGCCACCGCUCUCUUUGCCACUGCUGCCAUUGCCGGCCCCGUCGAGGUUCGCACUGGAACCGCCCCCCUCUGUCCUAAUGGACUCUACAGCAACCCCCAGUGCUGUGACACCCUAGUCCUCGGCAUAGUUGGCCUCGGUUGCGAAGUUCCCACCCAAACGCCCCGUGACGGCGUCGACUUUAAAAACAUCUGCGCCAAGACUGGCGACCAGGCUGUUUGCUGUGUUGUUCCCGUUGCUGGCCAAGAUCUUCUCUGCCAGACUGCCGUUGGUAUCCAGGGAUAGGUCAUGUAUUCAUGAGAUGCUUGUGUCAACAGCGACCAGGCUUAGUGGUGGAGAAUUGAAGUUCAGUAUGUGAUAGCCGGGGAUACAGGUCGAGUAGAUAGUCACUUCGAAUCCACCUUGUAUUUAUCAGAAUUCCAACACAUUCUGUUAUAAAUAUAUUAUAUUUGGCGUAGUAUGCACUCUUCAGCUGUUCUUGUGAUGAUCUGUCUUGGCCUUGUAAAGCUCUGGAAUGCGAAGCUCCAUCUCGGCCAUGCUGUCGUUUCUUGGAUAUUGUGUCGUUUGAAGCAAAAUGUUCCUUCUUCUAAUCAAACCUUAAAGAAGCAAAUCCUCAGGCCCGCGGGUUUCCCAAUAUAUAUAUGCUCUUUAAAGGCCUUUGUCUCUCAAAACCCUCAAUGUAGUACACCAUGACAUCAAAUACAAGAAAUGAAACUCUACACUUGCCGUAUACUAGCAAUACCUAGCAUUCUUUCAAGUCUGUACAGAAAGACAGACUUGGAAAGGAAAAUGGUCACCAUUCACUCAAAUUCUCAGGCCAUAAACGUAACACCAAAAUCAUCAGCUCUCAUUACCGCGUAUAUGUAAAAAUCAUCUCCAACUCCAAAACUGUAAUAC